AUGCCAGCCUUGUCGAGGUCGCAACCGACCCCGCUCACUCAUCGAGAUGCUGUCCCGGAUGGUGAUGCCAGUACCAUCGUGGAAGUCAUCUGCGCCUGGCCGGUAUCGGGUCAGUACGGACCAGGCUCCAGAGUGCUGUACUACGUCCUCAUAGCGGUCUGCAUCUUCGCCGGAAAAUGGCCUCACUUCAGGAACGAAACCGUAGCAAAUGGGGGUCUAGUCUUCCCAGCGGUCGCCGCGCUCCACGGCAUCGUCCUAGCGGCGGUACAUGUCGGUGGUGCUGUCGAUAUGGAUAUCUACGGAGCCUUUCAGCUGUGCGCCAUGGGGAUGUUGGCCGCUCCCAUCACAGUCAGGCUGUCGCACACUUAUUAUGCUAUCGUCUUCCUGUGGACAGCUAUCAUGCUUUCGGGUAAUACCCCACCCUACGACAACGACGUUCACGCGAAUUGGCGCACGCGGUUCGGAGUCAGCGGAAACGACGACGAACCCAUUUCAGGCACAAACGGUGCUACUGUGGGACGAAUGAGGAGAUCUGACAACCUCAUCAGAUUUCUUUUGGGUCUCAUGCAUACUCCGCUAACGGCUGCAGCAUCGUUGGCCAUACUUAUCGUCGGCGAGAGGAACUUCUUUAGCCCCCAAGUGGCGUACCAGACUGAACCCAUCGCCAAUAUUGGUCAAUGGGCACCCAUCGUUGGCACAGCCCUCGCCGGACUUGCGGGCCUGUACAUUGUUCUUGUGUACGAGCGGAAUCCUGUUGACGAAACAGAUGCCAGUAGCGAAACAGAUGCCAGUAGCGAAACAGCUGCCAGUAUCUUGAAAGACCCAGAACUCCCUGAGGAAAGACGCGAGUCGUCAAACAUGGAAAUGACCACAAUGCCGCCUAUGGGUAAUGACUUCGCCGAGAACGGCCCAGGGCAGUUUGGUCGAGCGAGGAACUCGGGAACCCGAUUACUGCAGUUAUCUCAUGGGUCGUCAUCAUCUCCGUCGAGGAUGCCGCUUCGAAGGCAACGCGCCGCCUCUUUGCCAACCAAAGAAAUAUCGUUCGAGAUUCAUGGAUAUCAUCGUUCCCUGGAUGCAAGCCGCGCCGUUCAUGGAGCCGACCCAGACUCCCACGGGGGGGGGAGGAUUCCUAUCGAGCAGUAUUCCAAGUUGAACGACUUCACGACAGUCCGUAUAGCACGAGACACACUCUCUUGA